AUGGAUAGCAUGGAAUCUCUACCAUCCUCGGUUCGCUCUCAUGUAAGCGAAAGCUUGCUAGAUACUGAUUUGAAACCCUCGCCAGAGCACAGUUGCAUGAUGCGAGGUGAAGCGUCAGCCGAAAUCGGCAACGAAAUGACCAAUAGUUCCAUCCAAUGGCCAAUUAACCUUGAGAUGAAACCGGAACAUGACAAGAAUGACGAAUGGUAAGUGAGGCACUACAUUACUUACAGUUCUGCGAUGUAGGAGCGAUUUUGUGCGUAGGUGGCAAAAUUUUAUCUUGACUUUGCGAAAUGGAAAGCUGAUUGUGAUUGUGAUUGUGUUGUUUAUUUCUUUUCGAAAGUGUUCCAAGGGUAACAGGCUUGUAUCAGUGGUUUGAUAAUCAGGCAUUAUCGGAAGAAGCGAGUUCUGUCAAUGUAGACCAAAUAGAACAUCCAUCGGCUUCAAUCCAAGAAAUACUGGAGGCAAGUCGCUUGAGCAAAAAUAAGGACCUUUUGCAGCUUCUUGGUGAGAUUCUUUGGCCAACCAUCUAAUAAUUGACUAAAAAUCUUUUAACGUAUCAUUCAUGACAAGCAUUUGUAUAUCAUGGCAAAACACAACGGCCAAAUUAAGUGUGAAUUAUAACGGCCAAAAUAGGUGUGAAUAACUUCACAAUGUCUCGCUGUCCGUUUUGAAAACGCCUCAUAAAACAAUUUGGAUAUCUUUUCUUAACUUUUACUGGCCCUCGAAAUUUACAUUUUUUAUUUGGCCACAUUAUUUGGUAGAUCACUUAAACCCUGAAGAGGGCCAAAGAGAUCGACACUAUUUCUUGCAUCUUCUUUAAUCAGGUGAGAUUGGAUCGGGUGAUGAUUCUUUGCCAGGGAGUUACUGGCAAGAAGUAGGAGGCAGUGACUUUAAUUCUCAAAAUGCUGGCUUCCCAGUAAGUGGCACAGAUGAGUGCCCGCACUUUCAAGAUGCUCAGAAUUUUAGAACAUUUCUGGAACCACUGCCUCUAGUCAUGUCUUCCUUACCUGGUGUGAUGAGUAGCUACAAUGUUGCACAACCUGGGGAUAGCAUUAUUUGGACUGGGCAAAAUGAUACAGACACAGGAAGAGGGGUGACUUUGGAGUGUAUUCAAGCAGGAGAAGCUUUUCCUUUUGUACCAAAUUCAUCGACAAGUCAAGAACUCAGAGACAUAACUGACGAUAUAGUAAGUUUUGCUUUAUAGGUCCUGGCAAAACUGUUCAGAAUCCUCAUAUACUAUUUAAAGCAAGUUUAAGUUCUUCUGGGUGUUUUUCCUCAGUAAUAUAUGACAAGGGGGUGUGGCAAGGUCUCUUUGUUUUGAAUGAAAGGUACUUGACUUGUCAAUAAUUUGAGGAAGAAAUAUAUGGCUAAUCAAUAGACAUGUAUCUGUCCAACAGGACGUGUCAUUGCUAAUCUCCAAAAAAAAUUUACCCCUUUUUUGAAGGGUUUAAACAUCUGACUUCCACUUGUAAGUAAACCUUUCCUUGUAAUUCUCAUGUCAGAGAAAACAGGAAGAAAAGAAAAGAAAAAGAAGAGAGCGGAACAAGCAGUGCAGCCGAGAAUUUCGCAGGAAACAGAAAGUCAGAGAGCAGCUCCUGACGAGGGGAAAAGCAGAAAAAGAACAAAUUUUGGUGGAGCGAUAUAAAAGGAUAGAGAAAACAAGUAAAAUUCUCAUCAAAAUUGCUACAAGCAGUGGAGCAUGUGAAAAAGGACAAGGUAUUAUCAACAUGGUGGCUGGCUUGAUCAAUAAAGAGAACUUGCCAUGUAGUGUGGUCAAAAGUAAUAUGGCUGCUAACAGAUUGGUUAGCCACACCCAAACACAAGCCUUCUAA